CUAAGAAUGUUAACUUAUAAAAUGCUAAAAUCAAGACGGAAUGCAAAAUUAAAGCAAGCUUUAAAAGAACAUAAAGCUAGAUUCAUGCGUCUAGAGCGGAGAGAUAAAGGAAAGGCCAACCUUAUUGUCAAAUUAGAUGACGAUAUCAAGGAAAUCAAAUAA